AUGGCGGAUAGUGCCACACCUGAAAUUUCUUAUUUGCAGAUAUCGUUUGUUCAGGUGCAAAAAGGUAUUGUUGCUGAUCCAGCCCUUCAAGCUGAGUGGUCAAAGAAGAGAUUGGUUUGGGUACCACAUGAAACAGAAGGUUUUGUUGCUGGUUCAGUAAAGGAAGAUCGUGGUGAUGAUGUUGUCGUCGAAAUUGUUGAAACUGGAAAAAGAUUAACAUUAAGCAAAGAUGAUGUUCAAAAAAUGAAUCCACCUAAAUUUGACAAGGUAGAAGAUAUGGCUGAAUUGACGUGCCUUAAUGAAGCAUCAGUACUUCAUAAUCUUAGAGAAAGAUAUUUUUCAUCACUUAUUUAUACAUAUUCUGGUCUUUUCUGCGUUGUGGUUAAUCCAUACAAAAAACUUCCAAUUUAUUCAGAAAGUUUGAUCGAGGCUUUUAAAGGAAAAAAACGUCAUGAAAUGCCACCGCAUAUAUUUGCAAUUACCGAUACAGCAUACCGAUCAAUGCUACAAGAACGUGAAGACCAGUCAAUUCUUUGCACGGGAGAAUCAGGAGCAGGUAAAACAGAAAACACUAAGAAAGUGAUACAAUAUCUUGCAUAUGUUGCGGGUGCCACAAGGCAACAGAAUAAAUCUCCAGCCUCCCCUCUCAAGGGUGAACUUGAGCAUCAGUUACUUCAAGCAAAUCCGAUUCUUGAAGCAUUUGGCAAUAGUAAAACUGUCAAAAAUGAUAACUCGUCGAGAUUUGUUAGCUUUUUGGGAAAAUUUAUCCGUAUUAAUUUCGAUAUGUCGGGAUACAUUUCGGGUGCAAAUAUUGAAUUCUAUUUGCUGGAAAAGUCAAGAACUCUUAGACAAGCUGCUGAUGAACGGUCAUUUCAUAUUUUUUACCAGUUUCUUCGAGGUACAUCGGGUGCAGAAAAAUCAAAUUUCUUGCUUGAAGAUGUCGAUAAAUAUCGUUAUUUAAAUAAUGGCUAUAUUUGUUUACCUAAUGUGGAUGAUGCUGCUGAAUUUCACAAUACGGUUCGAUCUAUGAAAAUUAUGGGCUUUCAAGAUGAAGAAAUAACUUCUGUACUCCGCUUGGUAUCUGCGGUCCUCCUUUUCGGCAACAUGGAAUUCUUUCAGGAGAAAAAGUCAGAUCAGGCAAUUCUCAAUGACGACCGAGUUGCGCAAAAAUUAUGCCAUUUAUUGGGUCUUCCACUUGUGGACUUUACAAGAGCCUUUUUGAAACCGAGAAUUAAAGUUGGACGGGAAUAUGUUCAUAAAGCACAAAACAAAGAACAAGCAGAAUUUGCUGUCGAAGCAAUAAGCAAGGCAUGCUAUGAAAAAAUGUUCAGAUGGCUUGUUGCUCGUUUAAAUAAGUCAUUAGAUCGUACACGUAGGCAAGGCGCAUCUUUUAUCGGUAUUCUCGACAUCGCUGGGUUUGAAAUCUUUGAGUUGAAUUCUUUUGAACAAUUGUGCAUUAAUUAUACGAAUGAGAAAUUGCAACAAUUAUUCAAUAAUACGAUGUUCGUGCUUGAACAAGAAGAAUAUCAACGUGAAGGUAUUGACUGGAAGUUCAUCGAUUUUGGUCUUGAUUUGCAACCGACCAUCGAUCUCAUUGAAAAACCCAUGGGUAUUCUUGCACUCCUAGAUGAACAGUGCUUAUUUCCGAAAGCUACUGAUAAAUCUCUUGUCGAGAAACUUUUUGUCAAUCAUGCAAAGCAUCCGAAAUUUGUUAUUCCUGAAAUGCGCGCUAAAUCUGAUUUUGCUGUAAUUCAUUAUGCUGGCCGAGUGGAUUAUUCGGCCGACCAAUGGCUCAUGAAAAAUAUGGACCCACUAAAUGAAAAUGUUGUUGCAGUCUUCCAGAAUUCAUCGGAUCCAUUCGUUGUUAGCAUAUGGAAAGAUGCUGAAUUCGCGGCAAUCUGUACGUCUGAAUACAAUGAGACUGCAUUUGGCACGAGAACAAAGAAAGGUAUGUUUCGAACAGUCAGCCAGCUACAUAAGGAGCAACUAACUAGGCUCAUGACAACUUUGCGCAAUACAAAUCCUCACUUUGUUCGAUGCAUUAUUCCAAACCACGAAAAAAAGGCAGGAAAGAUAUCAUCGUUAUUGGUUUUGGAGCAACUUCGUUGCAAUGGAGUUCUCGAAGGUAUUCGUAUUUGCCGACAAGGCUUUCCAAAUAGGAUACCUUUCCAAGAAUUUCGUCAUCGUUAUGAGAUUUUAACUCCUGGUGCGAUUCCAAAAGGAUUCAUGGAUGGCAAAGAAGCUGUGAAAAAAAUGAUUGAAACACUGGAAUUGGAAUCGAAUUUAUAUCGUAUUGGGCAGUCAAAAAUUUUUUUCCGUGCGGGAGUGCUGGCUCAUCUUGAAGAAGAAAGAGAUUAUAAAUUAACGGAUUUAAUUGUAUCUUUUCAAUCACAGUGUCGUGCUUUCCUCGCUAGACGGCUUUAUCAAAAACGUGUUCAACAGUCCAAUGCCAUUCGAGUGCUUCAGCGAAAUGGGCUAGCGUGGCUUAAACUUCGAAACUGGCAAUGGUGGCGACUAUUUACAAAGGUUAAACCAUUACUACAAGUAACAAAUCAAGAAGCAGCAAUCGCACUGAAAGAAGAAGAAUUGAAAGUCAUCAAGGAUAAACUGUCAAAACGUGAAGUUGAAUACACAGAAGUCGUUAAGCGAAUGAAUCAAUUAAAUGAAGAGAGAUCGCUUUUAGUGGAACAAUUGCAACAGGAAAGUGAAGAACGUGCAGAGGCAGAUGAAAUAAAGGAGCGAUUAUCAUCACGUAAAGUAGAACUUGAAGAAAUGCUGACUGAAAUGAAUGCAAAAUUGGAUGAAAGUGAAGAGCAAAUGGAGAAAAUGUCUGAGGAGAAGAAAAAACUUCAGGAGACGGUUCGAGAUUUGGAGGAACAACUGGAAGAAGAAGAACAAGCAAGACAGAAAUUAAUGCUUGAUAAAGUCAGUGUUGAUCAACGAUGGAAAAAGCUUGAAGAAAAACACGCCGAACUUGUUGAUUCUUUCUCUAAACUUCACAAAGAAAAAAAAAGUAUAGAAGAACGCGCUGUGGAACUUUCAAAUCAGCUGGUAGAGGAAGAAGAAAAGGCCAAACAAGUUGGAAAACAGCGUUCAAGAGCAGAAGGUCAGCUACAUGCUUUGGAGCAAGAACUGCAGAAAGAAAAACAGGUAUAA